AUGACUCAUCCCACGAAGGCCAUCUACAAAUGGCUGAUCCAAGACAGUGUUCGUGUGGGAAACACUUCUUCUAACCCGACAUCGCAGCCGGUCUACACGGAAGCAGACCAUCUAAACACAUUCCCUCAAAUCGAGGCCAUUGACUACCAUACGACACACACCAUCUCCUCUAUCCGCAUCACCCCCUAUCCCGCCGGCCAUGUCCUCGGGGCUGCCAUGUUCCUCAUCGAGAUCGCCGGUCUCAAGAUCUUCUUCACCGGAGACUACUCCCGUGAGCAGGACAGACAUCUGGUCUCGGCCGAAGUGCCCAAGGGUGUCAAGAUCGACGUCCUCAUCACUGAGUCCACCUACGGCAUCGCAUCACACGUGCCCCGACUCGAGCGGGAACAGGCCCUGAUGAAGUCCAUCACCAGCAUCCUCAACCGCGGUGGCAGGGUCUUGAUGCCCGUCUUCGCCCUCGGGCGCGCCCAGGAGCUGCUCUUGAUCCUGGAUGAGUACUGGGGCAAGCACUCCGAGUUCCAAAAGUUCCCCAUCUACUACGCCAGUAACCUCGCCCGCAAGUGCAUGGUCGUGUACCAGACCUACGUUGGUGCCAUGAACGACAACAUCAAACGCCUCUUCCGCGAGCGCAUGGCCGAGGCGGAAGCCUCGGGUGACGGCUCCGGUAAGGGAGGCCCCUGGGACUUCAAGUACAUCCGCUCCCUCAAAAAUCUCGACCGUUUCGACGACGUUGGCGGCUGCGUCAUGUUGGCCAGCCCCGGUAUGCUGCAAAACGGCGUCAGCCGCGAGCUGCUCGAGCGCUGGGCCCCCAACGACAAGAACGGCGUCAUCAUCACCGGUUACAGCGUCGAGGGCACCAUGGCGAAACAGAUCAUGCAGGAGCCCGACCAGAUCCAGGCUGUCAUGAGCCGCACCACGGCCGGCGCCCGGCGUGGGCCCGGUGGUGAGAGCGAGAAGGUCCUCAUCCCGCGCCGUUGCAGUGUCGCCGAGUACUCUUUUGCCGCCCACGUCGACGGCACGGAGAACCGCGAGUUCAUCGAGGAGGUCGCGGCGCCCGUGGUGAUCCUCGUCCACGGUGAACAGCACAACAUGAUGCGUCUUAAGUCCAAGCUCCUCUCUCUCAACGCCGGCAAGACCCAGAAAGUCAAGGUCUUCAGCCCCAAGAACUGCGAGGAGCUCCGCAUCCCCUUCAAACAGGACAAAAUGGCCAAAGUUGUCGGCAAACUCGCCACCAUCCCUCCCCCGACCUCCCUAUCCUCGCCCACGCAGCACCAACAGCAGCUCGUCACGGGCGUCCUCGUCCAGAACGACUUCAAGCUCUCCCUCAUGGCCCCCGAGGACCUGCGCGAGUACGCCGGCCUCAAUACCACCACAAUCACUUGUAAGCAGCGCCUCCGUCUCACUGCCGCCGGCGUCGACCUCGUUCGAUGGGGUCUCGAGGGCGUGUUCGGCAGCGUCGAGGAGCUGCCCGAGAUGCGCAAGGCCCCAGCCGCAAAGGACGGCGCCGUCGCCAACGGAAACGGGACAAAGCCCGAGGACGGCGAGGACCAGGAGAUGCAAGAGGCGCAGAAACACCAAGAGCAGGAAGAGGCCGACGAGGAGGUCGCCCAUCCCGUGGCAGCGUAUCUCGUCAUGGGCUGCGUCGCCGUGCGGUACCGCAGCGACGGCGAGGUCGAGCUGGAGUGGGAGGGCAACAUGCUCAACGACGGCAUCGCCGAUGCCGUCAUGUCCUGCCUCUUUUCCAUCGAGAGCAGCCCCGCAGCCGUCAAACGCUCCGCGAGCGCCCACACCCACGAUCAUGCCCCUCCCCCGCUUCCCAAAAACCCCCAUGCGAAUGUCUCGGCCCCGGAACGCCUCGAGCGCUUCCUCAUGUUCCUUGAGGCCCAAUUCGGCGCCGACAACGUCAACCCUGUCGCCGAGCCGCGCCUCCCGCCGCAAACCGAGGGAGGUGCCGCCGAAGACGGGACGACUAGCAAGGCAAUCAAAGCCGACGUCGAUGGCGAAGGCGACGGCGGCGACACCUCCAUGGACGUCUCAGAUGACGAGGCUCAGCAGAAGAAGCUGGCGGCGCGCCGCCAGGCCGAGAUUGAGCGCCUCCACAAGAUCGGCAUUCCCGUGCCCGGCAUUCGCAUUAAGGUUGACAAGAUGGAGGCUGUCGUCUGGUUGGAGGAUUUGGAGGUUGAGUGCAGCCAUAAAGCGUUCGCCGACCGCGUCAGACGCGUUUGUGAGCAUGCUGCUGAGGUGACGGCUCCGCUCUGGGGAUAA